GGCAGACGGCGGCCGUGGGUGAGGCCCGCGCACGCGCCCAGGCCUGGGCUUCGCCGCCGCGGAGGCAGCGGAGAUGGCGUGUGAGACAGAGCGAAACCCCCUGGGUGUGUUCAAGUGCCAGCUCUGUGCCUUAACAGCUCCGUACAGCUACCAGGGGCAGCAGCCCCCUGACAGCCAGUCUGUCGUCCUCCUGGAGGAGAGCUACGUGAUGAGGGACCCCUUCACCCCCGACAAGGGCAGAUUCCUGAUCAUCGGCUCGAGGUGCAGCAUGUGCGGCAGGCUGGUGUGUGUGGGCCCGGAAUGCAGUUUAUUCUACUCGAAGAGAUUUUGCCUCCCCUGUGUCCAGGACAACGUGGAUGCUUUCCCUCAGGAAAUUCAGCAAGACUUGGAGAAAAGGAAAGUCCCCUCCACGAGGCCUGCCAGCCAGCGCAGUUCUCAACCAUGAGUGCAGUCAGGUACCAGGGCUGCAGCGGUGCCCACCCAGGGCUCGUGGCCACGUGGGCUUCCGUGGCCCAGGUCAGAGACGGGGCCGAGAUGGAGCCGCUGUGCCGGCCUCCUCUCUGGGCCGUGGGAGCCAUGUCUGGAGCCCAGGGGGGCUGGGGUCUGCCUGCAGCAACACCAGGGUCAGGUGCCAGCCGAGACGGCGCCCACAGGCAGACCCCAGACGCCCGCGCUCAGGGACCGCAGCCUCCCACCCUCACAGCCCCCACCUUAGCAGCUGGUGAGACGCUGACGUGGGCUCGCCGUGUGGCCCCAGUCCUUAGUGGGUAGAACUGCUCCAUCCGAUUGUAUAAUUUCUGCAGGGCCAGUGCACACUGCCUGGGGGUGAUAGAGACAUGUCUGAUGAGGGGAUGAAUAAAGAGCUUUUAUUGAC